GCCACAAGAUCGUCACCAAGACUCGACACCUUCCACCAUGAUGCAGGCUCCAGUGAUGGUUCUCAACACCAACACCAAGCGCGAGACGGGCCGAACCGCGCAGUUGAGCAACAUCGAGGCCGCCAAGGCUGUAUCCGACAUUGUGCGCACCACGUUGGGUCCACGUUCGAUGCUCAAGAUGCUUCUGGACCCCAUGGGUGGCAUCGUCAUGACUAACGACGGUAACGCCAUUCUCCGUGAGGUGGACGUGGCCCACCCAGCAGCUAAGAGCAUGAUCGAGCUCAGUCGCGCACAGGACGAGGAAGUGGGCGACGGCACCACGUCCGUCAUCAUCCUGGCGGGCGAACUGCUGGUCAUAGCCGAGCCAUUUCUGGGCCAUCAAGUGCACCCGACUGUGAUCAUCCGAGGCUUCAAUCGCGCACUUAACGCGUCGCUGGAGAUCGCCAAGAAGCUGGCGCGUCCCAUUGACAUUGAGAACAAGGAAGACAUGCGUAACCUCGUACAGUCUUCGAUCGGUACCAAGUUCUCCCCUCGUGUGGGCAAUUUGGUGAGUGACUUGGCACUAGAUGCCGUACUUACGGUAGUGCGUACCUCGGCGUCGGGUCAGAAGGAGGUGGACGUCAAGCGCUACGCUAAAGUGGAGAAGAUCCCGGGCGGAGAACUUGAAGACAGCCGCGUCCUUAAGGGCGUUAUGUUUAACAAGGACGUGACGCACUCUAAGAUGCGUCGCCGUAUCGAGAACCCGCGUGUGUUGCUGCUGGACUGCCCUCUGGAGUACAAGAAAGGUGAAAGUCAGACGAACGUGGAGCUCACGAACGACCAAGACUGGAACACGCUGCUGCGUCUCGAAGAAGAGUACAUUGAGAACUUGUGCGCCCAGGUUGUAGCCAUGAAGCCUGACGUGGUGAUCACAGAGAAAGGGGUGUCCGAUCUGGCUCAGCACUACUUUGUUAAGGCCGGCAUCACGGCCUUCCGUCGUCUCAGGAAGACGGACAACAACCGUGUGGCUCGUGCCACCGGUGCGACUAUUGUAAGCCGUGCGGACGAGAUCCAGGAGUCGGAUAUUGGCACCAAGUGUGGCCUCUUUGAGGUGCGCAAGCUGGGCGACGAGUACUUUGCCUUCUUUGAGGAAUGCAAGGACCCCGGUGCCUGUAGUAUCCUGCUGCGUGGUGGCAGUAAGGACGUACUUAACGAGAUCGAGCGUAACCUUCAGGACGCCAUGCAAGUGGCACGUAACGUGGUGUUUGAGCCGCUGCUGCUGCCCGGCGGCGGCGCGACGGAGAUGCGUCUGGCGCACGAGCUCAAGAAGCGCGCGGACGAGAUCGAAGGUGUUGAGCAGUUCCCGUUCCGAGCAGUGGGCGAAGCGCUCGAGGUCAUCCCGCGGACGUUGUUGCAGAACUGCGGUGCUGACGUGGUGCGCGUCAUGACGUCGCUGCGUGCGAAACAGGCCGAGACGGACGAGUCGUACGGCGUGGACGGCGUGACGGGCAAGGUGACGCCGUCCGAGCAGCUGGGCGUGUGGGAACCGUUCCAGGUCAAGACGCAGUCCAUCAAGACAGCGGUGGAGGCUGCGUGUAUGCUACUGCGCAUCGACGACAUUGUGUCGGGUCUGGCCAAGAAGAAGAACUAGGACUUGGCAAUCAGAGCGUGAGAUCUACAAUAUAUUUUUGAUCAUCGUG